AUGUCCGAAUUCAUCGGAGCUCGAAUCUCCCUUAUAUCCCGGAGCGACAUUCGCUAUUCCGGCACACUCCACAGCAUCAACUCGGAUGACUCGACCGUCUCUCUCGAGAACGUACGAUCUUAUGGCACCGAGCACCGGAAAACCAACCCCGAUGAGUUCGUGCCCGCCUCCGAGCAGCUCUACGAGUACAUCGUCUUCCGUGGCACCGAUGUCAAAGAUCUGAGGAUCGAGGAAGGCCCCUCGUCGACGAAGGAAGAGAAGCCCCCCGCGGUCCCGAACGACCCUGCGAUUCUCGGCGCCCGACCUCGUCCUGGCAAUGCUGCUCCCGGCCCCUCUGGUCCUCCCGGUCCGCAAGGCCCCCAAGGCCCUCCUCCCCAAGGUCCUCAAGGUCCCCAAGGCCCUCAGGGUCCGGUCGGUCAUCCUGGUCCUCAGAACCAGCAAGGCCCGCCGCCUGGCGCCCCCGGCUUCGGCUACUUUCCCCCGCACAUGCCCGGCUGGGGUCGUGCUGGUGGUCCCGGUCCCGGUCCCGGUCCUGGCCCUGGCCCGGGUCCAUUCGGUGGCAUGCCUUACCCGCCUCCAGGCUGGUUUCCCCCGGGACAAGAGUUCCCUCCGAUGGGUCACGCUCCCUGGGGCCCUUACCCGUUCCCCGGCGGUCCCCCAGGUCCUGGUGGUCCCCAAGGUGCGCCCGGCGCCCCGGGACAAGGCCGCCAGUCAGCAAACCAGACUCCAAGCGGCCAAGAUCCGACACAGAAACCCGCUCCUAUCGGCCCAGCUGCCGACAGGAAGUCUGCCACUCCCUCUCAGCAGGCGGCACCCCCUUCUGAGCCCAAGGCCAUGAGCCAGGCGCCCAAGCAGCCGGUCCCGCCCACUCCCCCGGUCGAGUCGAAGCCCUCAGCCGAGGAGGUCAAGGCGGCUGCUGCCUCCCUUCCGGCCAAUGGUGCGCCCACCGCCGCCCCAUCUUUCCCAAUUCCCACCGGACCCAAGAGCGGCCGCGGGCCUAUCUUGCCUGCAGUCCCUCUUCCCGUCGGUCUCACCUCCAAGUCGGCGCAGAAUCAGGGCGGAAAGGCCACCGCUGAUGCGCCGAGUGCUGCCGCUGCGGCGGCUGCCCUGGAAAAUGCCACCCAGGCUGCCAAGGAUGCCGUUGCGGCGGCCAUGGCUCAGCUCCACGCCCCUUCCGGUGUCCCGCAGCAACAGCCUCAGCAGCAACACCAACAGCAGUACCAGCAGCAUCAACAGCAGCAGCAGCAGCCGGCCGAGGCCAAUGGCGCUGUGAACAACUUGGCCAAGCGUGUGGACGAGAUGAGAAUCAACGCCGCCCGCACCGGUCAGAACAACCGCGGUGGUCGUGGUGGCCGUGGUCCUCGGCCUGCCAAGGUUGAGGUCCCCGACACAGACUUUGACUUUGCGUCCUCCAACGCCAAGUUCAAUAAGCAGGAUAUCGUCAAGGAGGCCGUCGCGGGCUCCCCGCUCAACGAGGUUCCUCCUUCUACUGAGAAUGAAGCCCCAGAGGGCAGCUUGGACGAUUCAGCCCCGGUUGAGCAGGCCUACAACAAGACCAAGUCCUUCUUCGACAACAUCUCGAGUGAGAUGAAGGACAGGGAGAACUCCCAGCGGGCCGGCGGCGUGCACUGGCGCGGCGAGGAGGUGCGCAGGAACAUGGAGACUUUCGGUCAAGGCAGCGUUGACGGAGGUCACCGCGGUUACCGAGGCCGUGGUCGCGGUCGUGGUGGUCGUGGCCGUGGUCGUGGCGGUCGUGGUGGCUUCCGUCAGCCCCAGACCGCUCCCCAGCAGUAG